AUGACGAAUGCGCAGCUCAACUUCAUCACCUUCAAUCAGGACCACAGCUGUCUUGCUGUUGGCACCUCUAAGGGCUUCCGAAUAUAUCAUACCGAUCCCUUCUCUAAGAUCUUUAGUAGCGACGAUGGAAACAUUGCUAUUAUCGAAAUGCUCUUCUCCACAUCGCUCGUGGCACUGAUACUCUCGCCGAGGCAUUUGAUAAUACAGAAUACCAAGCGAGCAUCUGUCAUCUGCGAACUCACCUUCCCCUCGGCCGUACUUGCUGUCCGACUGAACCGCAAGCGCCUGGCUGUGGUACUCGAAGAUGAGAUCUACCUGUAUGACAUCUCCAACAUGUCCCUUCUCACCAACAUUCCGACGUCGCCGAAUGUGAGUGCUAUUUGCGCCCUGUCUCCUUCAUCGGACAACUGCUAUCUUGCGUAUCCCCUACCGAAACCCCGCGAAGACGCACAAGAUAAGCGACCCUCGCACGCCCCGCCCAACUCGCUCUACGCCCCAGUCACGUCUGGUGAUGUGCUCAUAUACGACACCUUAACGCUCAAGGCCGUCAACGUUAUCGAAGCGCACCGCUCGCCGCUGUCUUGUAUAGCCACAAAUAGCGAGGGCACCCUUCUGGCUACAGCAAGCGAAACGGGCACAAUCAUUCGCGUCUUCACAGUGCCCAAAGGCCACAAGAUUUUCCAGUUCCGCCGGGGUACAUAUCCCAGCACUAUUUACAGUAUGUCCUUCAACCAGGCCAGCUCGCUUCUCUGCGUCUCCUCAACCACAGAUACGGUUCAUAUUUUCCGUCUCCAUCAGCCGGGACCACAGGGUGCAAAUGUCUCGUCCGAAAUGGGAGGACCCGCCUCACCUCGUGCCGACCGCUGGUCUAGAAGCCGCAGUUACGAUAGCGGAAAUGACUCCCCUGGGAGCAAUACAGGAUCCCCGCGCAGUGAUGCUGCCGAGGCGGCAUCGCCAGCAACGAACUCGAAUAAUCAUAGGAGACAAAGCGGUUCGUUCAGCAGCAUGCUCCGCCGGUCCUCGCAGAUUAUGGGCCGCAGUGUGGCUGGCGUCGUGGGUAACUAUCUGCCCCAGACUGUCACCGAGAUGUGGGAGCCCUUGCGUGAUUUUGCAUACAUAAAAAUUCCAAAAUCUUCGGUCGCAACCCCUAAAUCUAAUUCUGGCCAACAACUACGGAGCGUGGUCGCCAUGAGCAGCACUAGCCCGCAGGUCAUGGUCGUGACGAGUGAUGGAGGCUUCUACGUCUUCAAUAUCGACAUGGAACAGGGCGGUGAGGGAUACUUGGUCAAACAAUUUUCUGUCUUUGAAGGUGACGAUAAGCUCGAUGCUUCUAAUUACGGCCCCUAG